ACGUCAUAGUUCGCACAUAAUUCAUUACACCACGAGUGUCAGUGUGAUAAAAAAAAUUCCCUUUCAAACAUAUGGAUAAUACUGUGUGAUACAUCCCUUAGGGAUGCAUUUUCUAUUGGCUGCCGUCAGCUUUAUUUUGGACCUGUCCUGUGUUUGGAAGUGGAAAACGUAAUCUAGCCAACCUUACGUCAUCGUUUCCCCACUGUUGCCACGAAAUUCAGUAAAGCUGUACCCCGUUGAAAGUAAAAUUCAGUGAUGAUUCCCGAGAAAAAAUGGCAGUUUACCAAUCUGUGCGAACUUCACAAGUCUGCGAACGAAACACUUCGACUGGCGAUGAUUCACGAACGAUCCAAAAAGUGGUCUAAGGUGGCGGAGAGCUACCAGAAACUGCUGUGGAUGAUCAACAUUCGACAUUUCCCGGCAGAGUACGAACCACCAGGGACCUAUAACAUGCUGCUGUACGAGUUACACUACCACCUGGGCGUGGCACUACAACACCUGGGUGAUGGAAAGCGAGCCUGCCAGGAGUACACUAAGGCCAUCGUCGCAAUCUCCAUAUCCAAGGGAACCUGCGUAGCGGAUUGUGUCCAGUCCUCAUGUUUGAUGACUCCCAUGCACUGCAGACGAGCGUUCGCUUACUGUCAAAUAGAUAAAAAGAACGAGGCACUCAGAGAUGCAGAGCGAGCAGUAGUACUCGACAGUGGCAAUUCGGAUGUUUUCUGUGUCCGAGCCUUAGUGAGAGGAUCCAGGGAUGAGCGAGCAUUGGCAUUAAAAGACACAGACCUGGCACUGAAGGCCAAUCCAAACCACAUCUGCGCCAUCAUGAUCCGUGACGCGCUCACACGGCCCCCGACAGAACAAGGUAAUAUGGAAUCCUUUCACACUGUCACAAGUUUCAACCAUCCCAGAAUCAUGGAGUUCUUCGACAGGUUUUUCUUUUCGCUGAAUGUGCCUCACUCGAUCACCGAUAUUAACCUAACGCCCAACAAACCCAACAAAAAUCAAAUUGAAAAUCCUGAGUACAACAGGUCAUCGAUGUCCGGCUCCAGCAACGUCAAGAUGUCGCCCAAGCCGUUCCGGUGUGGCACGUCGUAUAGUACCCACAGCAAACUGUCCACACGGCGGCGUCUCGACUACGGCGAGGCGGUGAGAAAACAUGUGGCGAGACCCAAAACGUCCAUGGAGUACUAUCUAGCAUUAGUUGCUAAGGUUAGGAAACGUGACCAAACCAGCGCCAUACAGGGCCGUACUACCUCUAACAGUUGCUGUGACGCGUCGGUCAGCAUGUUCCAGGACGAGUCGUGCAGCUCCCAGGACAACCUGAGCACCAGGAGUCCUGAUGCUCGAAGUCACUCAAUCAGGGAUACAGCAAGCAGAAGUCCCGGCAACCAGCUGCAUCCCAACAAAUCCCACGAGCAGCAGACACGCACAGUUCACGAUGGUCCUCGCAGAAAUUCGGACAACCGAACGCGAACAGCUCAAGCUGGUCUAAGUCCUAGGAUUCCAGAUGUCCGGAUACAUCCAGCUAAGACUAGUUAUGAUGCCUCGACACGCACAGCUCAGACUCAGAAUAGCUGGAGUCCCAGAAGUACGGAUGGCCAGGCGCAUCAGGUUAGGGCUGUCGCGAGUAAUGGUUCCAGCUAUCAAUCACAAACAGAUCAGAAUCGUCCAAAUAAAGAUUCUGAUACUCUGAUACGCACAGGUGCUCAUGGCAGCUCAGGAAGACUUUCUGCUUCGCAGACACGUUCAGACCAGGACAGUCUAAGUCCCAGGAACACUGAUCUGCUGAACUGUCACAUUCAUGAGUGUUCCAGCAAGACUUCUAGCACUUGGGUACAGCCGGUCGACCACAGUAUUAGUACGUGCUCCAGUUUCUGGUCACACCCGAUUCCUGCGAGUCAGACACGAGUGGUUCAAGGUGGAUCAAGACUGGGCAGCGGCACGCAGACGCGUACGAGUGUAGGUUCUGGUGCCCGAACUGGCACAGCUCCGACCAGUGGGAGAAGUAAGCAUUCCAAAGCAGAGCAUACAGCACAGACCAGCAACAUUUCUGAAAGCGGAAGAAGAACUAGGACAUUUACAACUAAAACCUUCACGAUAGAAGCACCAAAGAAUUACACUCUACCUGUGUUUGUUACUUCAAACAGGAAAAACGCACCACGGAUGUAUUACAAGCCAUGGAUAGGCGACAAGUUGCCAGUAGCAGAAGUAAUCCACCCGAAACGUAAGCCAGCUUUCUACUAGGUAAUGUUGGUGUGCACGCAUUGGACAUAGUGUUGUCUGGAAAUAUACUGGAUUUGAACAAACUACGAGCAAGAAAGGAGGAAAAAAGUAGUCAAAGUGGCCACAUGAACUCAGAUGGAAGUUAACCUUCCAUAGUUGUCAAGAAGUUAAGAAUACAAUGACUACAUGGACCUUCAUAAUGGCGAACAAUUGGGACGUAUCCAAGCCUGUUGGGUGUUUCACGAAAUAUAUUUUUGAUAACCAAGUGCUUUAAAACGUAUCCUCGAAGCCAAAGAUUGUACUGUUUAUAAGGGCCUCGUAAAGAUAAAUAUUAAAUAUUAAAAAAACAA